AUAUUUUUACAGUAGGUAUAGAUGUGGAUACUCGAGCUUAUUACACAUCAGUAACUAUAAUUAUUGCUGUUCCUACAGGAAUUAAAGUGUUUAGAUGGUUAGCUACAAUGAUAGAGUGAAAGUAGAUUUUAGAGUGGUAAUAAUAUGGGUUAUUGGAUUUAUUUUUUUAUUUUCUUUAGGAGGGAUAACAGGGGUUACUUUAUCAAAUUCUUCUUUAGAUAUAGUUAUGCAUGAUACUUAUUAUGUUGUGGCUCAUUUUCAUUAUGUUUUAUCAAUAGGAGCUGUAUUUUCUAUUAUUGGAGGAUUUAUUUUUUGAUUUCCUUUAAUUACUGGAUCUUUAAAUUCAAAAUGGUUAAUAACUCAAUUUUUUGUUAUAUUUAUUGGGGUUAAUAUAACUUUUUUUCCUCAACAUUUUUUAGGAUUAAGAGGAAUACCUCGACGGUCUGACUAUCCUGAUAGAUAUUUAAUAUGAAAUAUAGUUUCAUCAAUUGGUUCAUUAAUCUCAAUUGUAAGAAUACUUAUAUUAAUUUAUAUUAUUUGAGAAUCUUUUAUAGUAGAGCGAUUAGUGUUAUAAAAUUAUUUAAUAGUAUCAGUAGAGUGAUUACAUUUAGCUCCUCCUUUAAUACAUUCAUAUUUAGAAGGUUCAUUGCAAAUUAAGUAAAAAAUGAAAGAAUGAUUUAUUUUAAUAUUACAAGAUUCUGCUUCUCCAAUAAUAGAAUGAAUAAUAAUAUUCAUGAUUUUACUUUAUUAAUUAAUUUAAUUAUUGUAGUUUUAAUUUUAUGAAUUAUUAUAAAUGUUUCUUUAAAUAAAUUGGUUGUUUUAAUAGUAGAAAGGCAAGAGAUUGAAAUUAUUUGAACUAUUAUUCCUAUUUUUACUUUAGUAAUUUUGGGGGUUCCUUCAAUAAAAAUUUUAUAUAUAUUAGAUGAGGUUUAUUCACCUUUUUUAACAGUUAAAGUAGUGGGACAUCAAUGGUAUUGAUCUUAUGAAUAUUCUGAUUUUAUAAGAAAAAGAGUGGAUUCAUAUAUAGUAAAAGAUAUUAUUUUAAGGAGGUUUCGUUACUAGAUAGAACAGAGAAUUUAGUGUUACCAAUAGAUGUACAAAUUCGAUUUUUAAUUUCUUCUGAGGAUGUAAUUUCACUCAUUUGCUGUUCCUUCAGUAGGAAUAAAGUUGAUGCUGUUCCUGGGCGGUUAAAUCAGGGAAGAGUUACUAUAUCUUUACCUGGUUUUCAUUUAGGGCAAUGUUCAGAAAUUUGUGGAAUGGCUCAUAGAUUUAUACCUAUUAUUAUUGAAGGGAGGGGAGUGGAAAUUUAUAGAUUAUAUAGAAGAUUUUAUUGAAGAAUAAAAAUAGUCUAAUUUAAUUUAA